CACCACUAUUAAGUUCUUGUUGUAUUUUUAUUUUUCGAGCAGCAGUCGUUGAAGCAACCAGUCAAUGGAUGUGGCAUGGAAGUGGAAGUUUAAGCUGGAACUGAAGCUGAAGCUGAAGCGGCCGCAAAUUGAUUUGGCCAACAUCAGUUGCCGUUUAGAAGCCGCCGCGUUUAGACCACAAAUCGUACGUAAAGCGAAAGAAGAAAACGCGAACUUGAAAAUUCGAAAACUGUUCGAGAAGCAAACAAAAAUAACAACAACAACAAUUCGCUGCGAGCAUUCAACUUGGAUGAUUGCGAAUAUCGAUGGGCAAGUGGAAUUUGAGAACAAUGAGAAUUGCUGUUGUUGUGUGAGCUGCUGCCCAACAAAACCGAAAUGAAACAAUAAAACCAAGCAGCUAACUGUGAACUGAAGAUACAAAUAAAAAACUAAUAACAACAAUAACAACAACAACAAGAGACUCUUCAAAAGUGGCACAUCAUUUCUGUGAAUAGAAAUCGAAACUGAAACGAACUGCGACGAACUUUUUUGGCAAAACAAAAUUACAAAGACAUUUCUUGUGCCAAUUUGAUUAUGGCCAGCAAGCAGCAACUUCUCUUCAUCUUGUUGUGGCAACUCUUUGCCUUUGGUGGUCAACUGGUGCUCGCCCAGGAUGAGCCAGAGGCACAGCAGCUGCAGGUGCCUCGUCCAAGGGGUCGUAUACGUAUUGCGGACAUGCAACCGCCACCGCUAGCGCCAGUGGGUCCAAUGAAUUGGCCCACUUAUGGAGUUGCUCCAGCACCAAUGCCUGCCACAUCCACGGUGCACGCUCAUAUUCCCUUGCUGCGGGAGCAGCUCACCAGCAGCAGUACUGCGAGUGUGCCGCUGUCCUUGCCGCUGCCCAACGAGGAGGGAGGUGUGCAAGAGUCAGUGGUGUAUGGCAACUGGAAGCCUGAGCAUCCGCUGCAGCCACAGGAGGAGGAGACGCAGCCGAAGCAGCGUGUCUAUGGACGUCUAGAGGCUAUGCUUAUGGGCAUGCCAGCGGAGGCCAUGGACAGACGCGACGUGUCUAGUGAGGAGUUGGAAGCUCAGUCGGAGCAACGCACAGCAGCUGGAGGCUAUCAAAAUCCCUAUGCACGCCAGGAUAGCUACGAGCGAGCACAGAACUCUGGACAUCGACGCUGGCGUCCGCCAAUGCCAAAUGGCUUCAAAGAAUCAAAGCUGCAGCCAAAGCCACAAUAUCCGGGACAAACUGAAUCGCAGACUUCCUUUGAGGUCAUCCACUUGAAUGCAUCGGAUCCGAUAUUCAAAGCAAUGGCUAAGCAGAUCAAUGAAUCGAUAGAGACGACAACCGCUCGACGUCAGGCCACACACACGACCGAGGACAACUGGAUGCCAUUGCCUUAUCCCUAUCCGACGCACAGCUACGAGAGCACCCAACCGGUGCCAGGAGCGGCUCUGAGUUCAACUAUCAGCAGAGUACGCAGCACAGAAGCAGCCACACAGCAACCGACUCAAAGAGUGGAGUCCACCACUAUUGCACUCAAUUGGCCCACCGAUUUUCUGGAUGCUUCGCCAAGCAGCACGCCCCGAACUUACACGGAUUCUGGCAUCAGCAUCGAUCGUGUGGACAACAUCGAUAGCAUUGAUCGCAUCGACGAUGACGUGGUGGAUCACGACGAUUACAAGUACUAUGAGGAUAGUUUGAGUUCCGCUCAAAUGCAUAGUGAACUGAGUGUGCCGGAGACUUUGAUUCCCCACCUGCCACUCAAUAUAACGCGUGUGGGAAUUCCGUACGAGGAUCGUAACUCCCUCGAGGAGCCAACCAUUUGUGUGCCGCUCACAGUGACCGAGACAGCCUCGGAGAGUGCCACUCCGCUGCUGAUCGAGGUGGAACGUGUCUAUUGCUUCCCACUGCCCAAGGUAGAGGUCAGAACGGGCACCAUUAAGCGGCAACAGCAUCCAGAAUUGGAACUGGAACAGGAACAAGAGCAUCACGCCAAUGGCACAUCUCUGCCUGCGGAGGAGCCACAGCCAGCAGUAACAGCUGGGGCAAGUUCUCGGUAUAAUUUCUUGGCAGUGCUUCUAAUUAUUGGGAGCUGCAUAUUGACGCGUUUUUAGACUAAUUAGAGCUUAGCUUAAGUUCAACUCAGGGGCUACUUGUAAUUAGAAAACUACUUAUUUAAACAAUUAAAGCAAAAUCAAACUUUAAUAUGAGUAUUAUUAAAUAUUGAUGGAUGACAAAUUUGCUUUCAAUUAUUUCUCUUUAAUAAGUCGACAACACAAUUUCCAAUGGUGAACCUUUUCAAAAUA